GCAGGCUUAGGAGUUCACACACUGAGGGGGAGCAGAUAUUUAAUUGAAACCAACAAACAAUCUUGCUCGCAUGUGACUGGUGUAAGCGAAGUGGCUGCCCUCCAACUCCUCCCCCCACCUCCAUCCACCCAGCCCCCCAUGUAAAUUUCAUGAUUGCUUUCCGUGAUGUCAUUUUGAAAGGGGAAAGACAAUAGCUGUGGGGAAAGAAAAUGAGUUCCGGGGUGAGCUGCUGAGUCAAAGGUGGACCCACGGAGAAAAGAUCAGCAGCUGCGAGAGCACAAAAAGCAUACCCGGCAAACUGAGCAAGAUGAGCUUAGAAAAUGACGACAAGAGAGCUCGCACAAGAUCUAAGGCAAUACGAGUGCCCACGGAACUCAUAGGACAGGAGGUGAGCUGCCCCACACCAGGAUGCAAUGGUUCAGGGCACAUCCGUGGGAAGUAUUCAAGGCACAGAAGUUUACAAAGCUGUCCUCUAGCGAAGAAAAGAAAGCUUCAAGACACGGAGGCGGAGCACCUGGUGUCCAAGAGGAAAUCUCACCCUCUGAAGCUGGCUCUUGAUGAAGGCUACAAUGUAGAUAGUGAUGGCAGUGAGGAGACAGAGGUGAAGGAGGAUUCUGUCUCUGAUGAAUCGGAAGGAACUUUGGAAGAGGAAGAGCCUGAACCCAUAGAACAGGAGGAGAUUCAUAGCCCGGAGCCAGCUGAAGGAAGGAGCCCUACCAAGUCCCACUACAGACCCAAUGCGUCCAGCGGUCCAACUGGCCCCUCAAAGGGCAAUUACAGCAGCUACCAGGAAAUCAUUGCCACUUCUCUCUUAAACUUGGGCCAAAUUGCAGAAGAAACCCUGGCUAUUGAAGGCCAGCUACCUGAGAGCCAAGGGCAAGCUCCGAAACCUGGAGCCAACGUUGUCCACUUGGUUCAGGACGGGGCUGGAGAGGGGGUAUCGGGGGAAGAGGGAGAAAAGGAAAUCUUCAUCCAGACGGAGGAUGCUGAGGAGGUCAUUGAGGUCACAGGCGAGAGGGGAGGAGAGAUGUGUCUGGAGCCCCGAGAAGGCCUGACCAGUCACGACUCCCGCAAAUCCCAGACUGGGGCACAGGCCACUGAAGAGGAAGAGGACGAUGAGGAAGAGGAGGAGGACGACGAGGAGGACGACGAGGAUGAGGACGAGGAGGAAGAAGAGGAGGAAGAGGACGACGAGGAGGAAGAGAAGCCCCCCGAAGUGGUCUGCGAAGAAGUCCCCCAUGCCUCCCAGGAUCCCCCAAAGCCUCACUGCCCCAGCCAACUUAGCCCUCAGCCUGAAUACUCGGUCAUCGUCGAGGUGCGCUCCGACGGCGACAAAGACGACGAUGCACACUCCCAGAAGUCCGCGGUGACCGACGAGUCAGACAUGUACGACAUGAUGACCCGGGGGAACCUGGGCCUCCUCGAGCAAGCCAUCGCGCUAAAGGCGGAGCAAGUGCGGGUAGUUAGGGAGCCCGGCCGGUUGCCCCCAGAAGCGGGGAAACCGCUCCCAACAGACGGGAAGCAAAACCGGCCCCUGGACACCGUCCGGAAAAAUUACUACAGCAAAGAUGCUUCAAGAGCUGAGAAGCGUGAGAUCAAAUGCCCCACUCCAGGUUGUGAUGGGACUGGUCAUGUCACAGGAUUGUACCCUCAUCAUCGGAGUCUGUCUGGCUGCCCCCACAAGGACAGGAUUCCUCCAGAGAUCUUGGCCAUGCAUGAGAAUGUGUUGAAAUGCCCCACUCCUGGCUGUACAGGGCAAGGUCACGUAAACAGCAACCGGAACACACACAGAAGUUUGUCUGGGUGUCCCAUUGCUGCAGCUGAAAAAUUAGCCAAAUCUCAUGAGAAGCAACAGCCGCAGGCGGGCGAUCCUUCCAAGAGUAGCUCAAAUUCUGAUCGGAUUCUCAGGCCUAUGUGCUUCGUCAAGCAGCUGGAGAUUCCUCAGUAUGGGAGUUACAGGCCCAACAUGGUUCCAGCCACACCCAGGGCCAACCUGGCUAAGGAGCUGGAGAAGUACUCCAAGGUCACCUUCGAUUAUGCAAGUUUUGAUGCUCAGGUUUUUGGCAAACGCAUGCUUGCCCCAAAGAUUCAGACUAGCGAAACCUCACCGAAAGCCUUUAAAUGCUUCGACUACUCCCAUGAUGCCGAGGCUGCACACAUGGCUGCCACUGCCAUCUUAAAUCUCUCCACCCGCUGCUGGGAAAUGCCAGAGAAUCUCAGCACGAAGCAGCAAGAUCUCCCCAGCAAGUCUAUGGACAUUGAGGUGGAUGAAAACGGGACUCUGGACUUAAGCAUGAAUAAACACCGCAAACGAGAGAACGCCUUCCCAAGCAGCAGCAGCUGCAGCAGCAGUCCCAGUGUCAAAUCCCCAGAUGUUUCCCAACGCCAAAACAGCACCAGUGCCACUAGCAGCACCAUGACCUCACCCCAGUCCAGUCAGACCUCGAGGCAGGAUGAGUGGGAUGGCCCCAUCGACUAUACCAAACCCAGCCGUCAGCGAGAGGAGGAGCCUGAAGAGUCAGAGCCAGCAGCAAAUUCUUUUGCUUCCUCUGAAGCAGAUGACCAGGAAGUGUCAGAGGAGAACUUUGAAGAGCGGAAGUAUCCAGGGGAAGUUACCUUAACCAACUUUAAGCUGAAGUUCCUCUCCAAGGACAUUAAGAAGGAGCUGCUCACCUGUCCCACCCCAGGCUGUGAUGGCAGUGGACACAUCACUGGAAACUAUGCCUCCCAUCGCAGCCUUUCUGGUUGUCCUCUUGCUGACAAGAGCCUCAGAAACCUCAUGGCUGCACACUCUGCUGACCUCAAGUGCCCAACUCCUGGAUGUGAUGGUUCUGGUCACAUAACGGGAAAUUAUGCAUCACAUAGGAGUUUGUCAGGCUGCCCUCGUGCCAAGAAAAGUGGAAUAAAAGUAACACCUACAAAAGAUGAUAAGGAGGACCCAGAGCUGAUGAAGUGUCCUGUUCCAGGCUGUGUUGGACUUGGACAUAUCAGUGGCAAGUAUGCCUCCCACCGCAGCGCUUCUGGGUGUCCAUUGGCAGCCAGGAGGCAAAAGGAAGGGUCACUUAAUGGCUCAUCAUUUUCCUGGAAAUCACUCAAGAAUGAGGGGCCUACCUGUCCCACUCCUGGCUGUGAUGGCUCAGGUCAUGCCAAUGGGAGCUUCCUCACACACAGAAGUUUGUCAGGCUGUCCCAGAGCAACUUUUGCGGGAAAGAAGGGAAAACUCUCAGGGGAUGAAAUUCUCGGCACAAAGUUCAAGACCAGUGAUGUGCUUGAGAAUGAUGAAGAAAUCAAACAGCUAAAUAAGGAGAUCAAUGAGCUAAAUGAGUCCAACACAGAGAUGGAGGAGGCCAUGGUGAAACUGCAGUCACAGAUAUCCACCAUGGAGAAAAAUCUCAAGAAUAUUGAGGAAGAAAACAAGAUCAUAGAGGAGCAGAAUGCCUUGUUCCUGGAGCUUUCUGGCCUAAGCCAGGCACUCAUCCAAAGUCUAGCCAACAUCCGCCUUCCGCAUAUGGAGCCAAUCAGUGAACAUUUUGAUGCUUACGUCAACACCCUUACUGACAUGUACAACCAAGAGUGCUACCAGAACCCAGAAAACAAGGACCUGCUUGAGAGCAUCAAGCAAGCUGUCAAGGGGAUCCAGGUCUAGUCCUUCAGGAACAACAUAGACCCAAGUCAAACGAUCAAUGACUAACUAAAGGCUAUUAGAAGAUGAAAACCUUCACUCCCAAGUAUUCAGGUUUACAAGUUGUAAAACUUGUUUAAUGAAUGAAAAGGACCAAAACAUAACCGAGAGGCCAUUUAUAAGAAGAACUGAAUCAAACUCCAUUUUCUUAUUUACCUCCUAGUCCCUCUUGCAGAUGGUAGGGAGUUUUCUUACUCAUAGCAACACACUAGAUGGGCAUCCAGGAUGGCACCACCAUGAUUGGCUGAAGAGCUUGGGGAACUUGAGGAGAGAGGAGAUCAGAGGGCAUCCAAGGUAAGGGGGGAAGGUCUGGAGUUCAGUGUUACCUAAGAGACUGACCAACUUAAACACCCAUUGUCUGUGACUGUGAAGAUACAGCCCCCUCCCCCAUUCAUCCAUGAUCCCGUGCUGAUGUAAUACAGCACCAGAGCUGCAAGUAACCUUUUGAUGUGAACCUCCUCAAGGCCUCAGACCCUGAAGGUACUCAGAUAGCCGAUGGGUAGAAACUCUGAAGUAUUUAAAAAAAAAAAGUCCUUUAUUUUUAUUUUCUAAAAGAAAUCCGCAGAGCAGUUCCGAAUCUCCAGUGGAAAGCGCAAUGGAAAAGGUUCUCAGGGAAGCUUUUGGAGUUUGCAACUACAGUAUUCCUUUGUCUGUCGUAACCACGAAAAAAUAGCUGUUUAGGAAUAGACCAGCGCCAGAAAUUUCACACCAAUGCUCAGUGUGUCAGGGUCCACUGUCUCUACUCUGGGAGGUCUUGCUUCCCUAGAGUUCUGGUUCUGCUACUUGUCAAGGCCAUUCUGCCGGUGGGAGAAAUGACAUCUCAGCACCAGGAAAAAUAUUUUUAGACAUGGUUAAAGAUACAGUGUGCAAAGGCCCAAAGGGGUCCAGCAGAGACUGUGUCUCUGAUUGGUAGCAGAUUGUGUUAUUUUUUUUAAUUAAUUUAAUAUAUAUAUAUAUAUAAAUAUAAUUUUUUGACAAGGCUAUUGGGACUAAAAGCACUGUUCCAAGAGAGAAAAAUUUGGGUAUAGAUCUUCCAAAGAAUCCCUUUAGUCCACCACUCCAUGACUAUAGCCCACUGCUCACUUAAAGAGCUGAAACCACCACAAUGUUCCUAUAGGGAUGCACCUCUAGUUUCACAUCCUUGUGAACAAAGAAGGUUCAGAGGAAUGGUUCUUCCAAGGCUGUAAAGAAAUGCUUGAUGUGUUGGCCCAAAGCCCACCCUACUCCCUACCCUUCACACCUCCCUAGACUACAGAUAGUGCAGGCACCCAGAAUCUACUACUACAGUAUAGAGGCACUUACUGUCAUUUCAGAAGUUUAAGAGGGGUGCAAAACUAGAACCCCACAGAGCACCAGUGUAUGACAUUCUUACCUUUUCAGGCUUCUCUGAACAGCCACUGUGAUCUACUGAACAGCCAAGCUGUUGCUUGAAUUCCCUGGGGGAAAUUGCUGUCAGGUAGAACUGAUCUCUGGGCCAUAGGUGACAGGGUGGUGAUGGAUGAAGGGUAAGGGGAUGGGGAGUAGGACGACAUUAGAUAUGUCAAUAAUUAAGUUCCAAAUACAGUAUCACAAAGAUUACACUUCUUUUGAGAAUCCAUUCAAGGUGCAAAUAAAUAAAUAAAUAAAUAAAUAAGGAAAAGAAAAUUUUAAUGUGUUAAAAACACAAUGUUCUUAACAUGUAAAUAGAGUCCAAAUUGAUGGUGACUGCAAUUCAGAGUUAGUAUUUAAAAGUAGAAAAUUGCACUUCCUGGAAGAAAAAAAAAGUAGUUAGUUUGAUUAUUCUGUAAAUUAUUUAAUUUUGACAAGAUGUAUGUAAUUUAUAUUCACAACACCUUAUGUUAACAUUUGCUAUUUAUUUAACAUUUUUUAUUUAUUAAUUUUAUACUGUUUUAAACUAGACACCAUACCAGGGUACCAUGAGAAGGAAAUAAAUGGAAACAAAGAAAAAUACAAUGUUUUGAGCAUAGUAGAGUCCACACUUGCAAAACAAAUCUAGAUAUGGCUUCUAAUUGUAAUUUUGAUGCGACCAAGUUAUUUUAUAUAUAUUUUGUUAUUUAUUCUUUUAAUAAUGGGAUUUUUUUAAAGAUAUUUUGUAACUGAGAAGUUUUGAUAAUUUGGGGUUUUUUUCAUGGGAGGGGUGGGACCUGAGAGAGACACUUUUUAGUUUUCCUUUCCCCCCCCCUUUUUUUGGGUUCCUCUUGUUUCAGGCACUGAUAACAGGAAAUGAAGAUGCUGUAUUUAUUAUUUAUUUAAUAUUUAAUUCAAAUGAAGUGUGCUCUGGGUGUAUUUAUUUUGUCAUGUUUGUGUGUCAGUUCUGUGAUGACUGAGUAAUUGUUUCUGUGAAGGAAUACUGUUGAUAUUUCAAUAAUAAACAGUCCCGUUGAAAGUAA